CACGAAGCCUACUUUGCUCAUUUGGAUCAUACUGGACGUCGUACUGAUAUCUGUAAUAGACCUGAGCAAUUUCUGGGCUCUUACGAAUUUGUUGCAACAACACAUUAUUGCAAGAAUGGAGCGAUGCCUAAAGAACCCGCAUUCAUUUUUAUGCUUGAUGUAUCAUAUUCUGCGGUUCAGUCUGGUCUGGUAUCCAUAUUCUGUAGGAACAUUCGGAGUUUGCUUAACAGUUUGCCUAGGGAAUCUGGCCAAGAAAAGUCAUCAAUUCGAGUAGGGUUUGCUACGUAUGAUCAGGCUGUUCAUUUUUAUAAUUUGAAAAAUGUAGCUGAGCAACCUGAAAUGUUGGUUGUAAGUGAUGUUAAUGAUGUCUUUGUUCCAUUUGUGGAUGUAGAUGGUUAUUCUUUGAACUUUUGUAAUUUCUCCGAACGUUUAAGCUUGUUAACUGAAAUUGAGAAGAUGUUCGCCGAAACUCGUUGUACUGAAACAAUCUUGGGACCUGUUAUUCAAGCAGGUUUAGAUGCGUUAAAAAUCAUAUUGCAACCUGGUACUGAUUUCUACAGUAAAUUGGCGGAGGAAUGCGUUAAGAAUGGGUGUGCUGUUGAUCUUUUCCUGUUUCCUAACUCUUAUAUUGAUGUUGCUUCCCUGGCACCGAUUUGUGUCAUAACUGGUGGUACUAUGUAUAAAUAUCAUUACUUUGAAGGCCCAAAAGAUGGCAGUCGAUUUUUAGCUGAUCUUGCGCACGAUAUAAGCCGCGAUAUUGCAUUUGAUGCAAUGAUGAGAGUACGAACUUCUACAGGUCUACGAGCUACUAAUUUUUGCGGCUCUUUUUACAUGGAUAAUAGCACUGACAUGGAAAUGGGUGUUAUAGAUUCUGAUAAGGCCGUACAUGUAGAAUUACGUCAUGAUGAUAAAUUGCCGGAUGGUAGUGCGUAUAUUCAAACAGCUAUAUUAUUUACGACAUGCAGUGGCCAACGACGUCUUCGCAUCCAUAAUAUUGCCUUAGCCGUAUCUUCUGAAUAUAGUCACCUUUAUCGCUUGGCUGAUCCAGAUUGUCUUGUUUCAUUUUUGCUAAAACAAGCUGAAUUCUUGGUGCGGGAGAAAACACCGCAAGAAAUGCGCGAUGCAAUCACCCAUCGUUGUGCUCAAAUGCUAGCAACUUACCGCGAAAAGUGCAAUGAGCAGGUACCCGUUGGUCAGUUGAUACUUCCCGAAAGCUUAAAAUUGCUUCCGUUAUUUGGAAAUUGUAUUAUAAAGAAUGAUGCAGUUAGUGGUGGUAACGAUAUGACUGUUGAUGAUCGUUCAUGGAUGAUGCAGAUGAUAUGCUCAUUACGGAUCGAAGAUGCUUUAUUAUUAUUGUAUCCAUCCGUAAGUAUGCCGGCAUAUAUUCGAGCAUCCUUCGAUAAUUUUUCUCACGAUAAGGCUUAUAUUAUUUAUAAUGGAAUUAUAAUGUUUUUAUGGAUUGGUCUUCAAGUACCUCAAACAUGGAUUCAAGAUAUCUUUAAUUCCAAUUCUGUUUCUCAUUUGAAUGUUGAAAAUCAUAUAAUACCAGAAAGGGACAAUACCAGUUCGCGUGGACUACGUAGAAUUAUCGAUCGAAUAAAUUCUGGACGAGCUCGAUAUAUGAAGUUAUUUAUUAUUCGACAACAAGAUGCACUUGAAGCCUGGAUGAAAAAGUUCCUUGUUGAAGAUCGUAGUUCGGCAAUGCCUUCUUAUGUCGACUUUUUGUGUAAUAUUCACAGAGAAAUUAGAACUUUGCUAAGUUAA